AAUAGCAGCACAUCCCAGCCAUCUCCAUCAGUCAUAUCAAUUUCAGAUGCCAAUCUCACAAGUCUUCUUCUUCCUCUGCUUUCUCAUCUCCCUGUCCUUCAUAGAUGGAACUCAACUCAUUAUAGUGAACAACUGCAAGGAGAGCAUAUGGCCCGGGAUCCUUGGCACUGCAGGCUACCCAACUCCUCAAUGCGGCGGCUUCCAUCUCCACAGCGGGGAACAGCUAGUCCUUGACGUGCCCGAAAACUGGUCAGGAAGACUAUGGGGCAGGCAAGGCUGCUGCUUUGAUGAACAAACAGGCAAAGGCUCAUGCCAAACAGGGGAUUGCGCCGGGCUCUUACAAUGCAGGGGACUUGGUGGAGUGCCUCCAGCCACACUAGUUGAAAUGACACUUGGGACCUCCAAAUCAGACUUGCAUUACUAUGAUGUGAGUUUGGUUGAUGGGUUCAACGUUCCGGUUUCAAUGAGGCCAAUAGGUGGUAGGAUGGGGUGUGGGGUUGCUGCUUGUGAGGCUGACUUGAAUGUUUGCUGCCCAUCUGCAUUGGUGGUGAUGAAACAAGGGAAGGUUGUAGGCUGCAAGAGCGCUUGUUUGGCUGCAAAUUCAGACAGGUAUUGCUGCAGAGGGGAGUUUGCAGAUCCAAAGAGUUGCAAGCCAACUGUUUUUGGUCAUCUUUUUAAGGCUAUUUGUCCCAGGGCUUAUAGUUAUGCCUUUGAUGAUUCUACAGGGCUCAAGACUUGUAAAGCUCCUCGCUAUGUCAUUACAUUUUGUCCUCCUAACCAUGGAUGAUCUAUUUGAGCAGAGACCAUGCCCAAGGCAAAAUGCUGGGUAGUUUUGGGGUGCUCUUGUA